UCUUUUUCUAAUCUUGGAGGAAAAACCCCAAGAAACCUAAAUACCGAUGGCUCAUUGUUGUGAAAAGUAGUGGAGUGAGGGUUUUACGCCGUAGAAGCACCGCCUCGCUGUCUCCGCCGCUCUUCUCCGCCGCCGGUAAAUGCAAUACUCUCUUCACUCUUUGAUUUCCUUACUUGGACAAAGCCACACACUUUCGAAUUCGCAUCGUCUUUAUUCGUAUGUGAGCUAGAAGAAGAGGAGGAGAAUUUGUUCGUUCUUUGUGUGUGAGAAAUGGUUGAAAUCUGGUGGUCGCUUUUGGGGGCGGCGAUCCCUGUGGUGGUUGCAGGGCAAGCGUUUCGGGUGAAGAAACGGCACGCAGAAGAGCAGAGGCUGAAGAGUGCUCGAGGGAGGGAAAGGAGUUCUGAUGAAAUUUUCGUGUGUGAGAGGGUCUGUACAUCCAAGAGGAUGCUCAAGAAGGUUGGCUCCUUCUCCAAAGACCCAAUUCCCGAUACCUGCGUCACGGUUUGUGGUGUUUCCGAUCUUGAUGCAUGCGCUGAUGCCUGUGCCCGCACUGUUUGUGUCAACCAACAUCAAGUGCCAAAUUGGAAUGACAUUUGUCUUAGGAGAUGCCAGAGUGAAUGCCUCAAACUCUCUUCCCAGUCCUCCUAGCAGGUGCUUGCUUGCAUUUACUCGGUGAAAUGUGUGCGUGAGUGUGUGUAUACUGAAUACUGAGUUUUGGUUCUGUCGUUUAAUGCUUUAUCUAUCCCAUUAUUUAACUCUGGAGUUCAGAAUUAUUGCAAAAAGAAAAAAAAAAUGUUCAAAUGCAAAUGGGGUUUAUUCCAUUAGGUGGUGGUUGCUGAUUCCUUUUUUGUUUACCGACUUGAGACUUGGAUGGACACAAACCUAAAUGUGAUGUGAUCUUUCACGUUUUCAUUGUUUCCAA